AUGUCCGUUACAGGAGACUCCGUUACAACAGACGAUGGAGAUCUUAGUUCUGAAACAAUGUCUAGUGAUGUUGGCAAUAUAGUGAAGGCUUUAUAUGGAGAAGAUCCACCACCUAUUAUACUGGUAGGACACAGUAUGGGAGGUUCUAUAGCAGUUAACACAGCCUUCAGACACCUGAUUCCGUCUUUAAUUGGUCUGAUUGUCAUUGAUGUUGUUGAAGGAACAGCUUUGGAAGCUUUAACCAGUAUGCAGAGUUUUUUGAGAGGCAGGCCAGCUGCAUUUAAAUCUCUGGAAUAUGCUAUUGAAUGGAGUGUAAGAGCAGGACAAAUAAGAAAUGUAGAAUCAGCCAAAGUUUCAAUGGUCGGUCAGCUUAAAAGAUUAGACACUGCAGAAACAGCUACCUCACAACUUGAUCAUGAAAACGAGAUGGAAGUUGUCACAUCAACAAGUGAUACAAUAGCGGAAGAGGAUGAAGAGGAGGAGAAUGGGGAAAGUAAAACAUUUAAAAAUAGCACAGACCGAUUACAGAGUACAGACAAACUAACCUCAGACACAGCCGAAUCAUCUAAAAAACCACAGCAACACACAGAAAGUUUAAAAACACCUGAAAGUUCUACAAAAUAUACUUGGAGGAUAGAUUUGGGCAAAACAGAACCUUUUUGGAAAGGCUGGUUUCAAGGGCUUUCAGAAAAGUUUUUAUCAUGUGAUUGUCCCAAAAUGUUAUUACUAGCAGGGGUGGAUAGACUAGACAAAGAACUUACCAUAGGUCAGAUGCAGGGAAAGUUCCAGAUGCAGGUUUUACCUCAGUGUGGUCAUGCUGUGCACGAAGAUAGUCCAGAUAAGGUAUAUGAUAUAAAUAUUUUUGUACAUAAUUUUGUGGCCGAUGUCCUUGCCACAUUUAUGGUCAGAUAUAAAGUUGCUCAAGCUACUCAUAAUUUUGAAAGAGCAUUCCCAGGCUGUUGA